CCCCGGAGCUCGGCGCACGCUCCCCGAGCCCCGGUCGCCCUCGGAGGCCGCCCACCCGCUCCCGGGGCUCUGAGGGGCUGCCCCGGGCCGGGUCUCCGGGGCCCGCGAAGGCAGGAGCAGAAUGACGCAGAUGACGAAAGAGCUGACGCCACACCGCCCACCCGGCAGCCGCCGGUGCCCGCACACACCGCCCCGCCCCGCCCCGCCCGCCCCGCCCCGCCCGCGAGGUCGCCCGCGCGCUCGCGGUUGCGCCGGUCCCGCGGGACACGUCCCGCCCCGGCCCCCGCGCUCGCCCGCCCCGCCCGCCGCCGGAGUUCCCACGGCGCCCGCCCGAGCCCUGCGCCGCCUGCCCUCCUCGUCGCGGAGCCCGUCCAGGCCUUUCGCGAACAUGGCGCUUGUCCCUUGCCAGGUGCUGCGGGUGGCCAUCCUGCUGUCCUACUGCUCUAUCCUGUGCAACUACAAGGCCAUCGAAAUGCCCUCGCACCAGACCUACGGAGGGAGCUGGAAAUUCCUGACUUUCAUUGACCUGGUUAUUCAAGCUGUCUUUUUUGGCAUCUGUGUGCUGACUGAUCUUUCCAGUCUCCUGACUAGAGGAAAUGGGAGCCAAGAACAAGAGAGGCAGCUCAAGAAGCUCAUCUCUCUACGGGACUGGAUGCUGGCUGUAUUGGCCUUUCCUGUUGGGAUUUUCGUUGUGGCGGUGUUCUGGAUCAUUUAUGCCUAUGACAGAGAGAUGAUUUACCCGAAGUUGCUUGAUAAUUUUAUCCCAGGGUGGCUGAAUCAUGGAAUGCACACGACGGUUUUGCCCUUUAUAUUAAUUGAGAUGAGGACAUCACACCAUGCGUAUCCCAGCAGGAGCAGCGGACUGGCCGCCAUAUGUACCUUCUCUGUCGGCUAUAUAUUAUGGGUGUGUUGGGUGCAUCAUGUAACAGGGAUGUGGGUGUACCCUUUCCUGGAACACAUUGGCCCGGGAGCCAGAAUCCUCUUCUUUGGGUCUACAACCAUCUUAAUGAACUUUUUGUACCUGCUGGGAGAAGUUCUGAACAGCUAUAUCUGGGAUACACAGAGAAGUAUGGAAGAAGAGAAAGAGAAGCCUAAAUUGGAAUGAGAUCUAAGUCUAAACCGAAGAGCAGGAUGGAGCCACCAAUGAAGAUUCAUUACCCCCGGGCAUUGGUAAUGUAGGAGAGGAAGCUUCAAAGAAACCAGUGGAAGCCACCUUCACCUCCCUGCCCCAGAGAGAGGGAACACCUUUUAUGCAGAAAUAUAUAUAUAAGAAUAAAAUACAGAUAUUUCCAAAAUAAACUGCCCUCAACUGUGUUUUAAAGAAUUCUUUCCAAAUUCAUUAUUGAUAAUAACAUCUUUUUUUCUUUUUUUUUAACCUCUUCUAAUUUUUAAAACUAAAAUUGGUCAUUGGAUUUUAAUUUUUGCAAUUGUAAUUCCAUUUAAUCAAGGAAAAAUAGAAUCCUAUCGUGUUUCUUGUUGAGAAAUAUGUGAAAGUCAAAGGAGCAGAUGUGAAGCAUAGCAUUCAUGUAUUUAUUUAAUCCUUACAGGAGGCUGAAGAAUGUAAGCGUAAGCCUAGAGGAAACGAGAUGGAUGUUCCCUAUUGCAAUAAUGUCACAGUUGUCUCAAACAGGCAAUAUUAGUAAUAAUUGCAUUGAUUUAGUUAAAACCCUGAGUGUAUUUGGAUCUCAUGAUUUAAUUCUGUGAAAUAUUUCCUAGAUGCAAACUAUAACUUUAAUAAAGAGCAAGCAACCCCUA